AACUGGUGUUUUAGCCACUGCCUGGAUGGGUUGCCACAGCCGAGUGUUGGGAAGGCAGAACAGACGGUGCAGCUGGCGCAAGAGGAAUAUAUCUCAGGAAAAGAAAAGAAUCAUGGAAAUCUACUCUGUCCUGACUUUGUUCUUCAUCUUCCUGCUCACCCUCCUCUUCCUCUCCUCUCUGUGGAGACAACAGAAGAGAUCUCAUGUCCUACCCCCAGGCCCAACCCCAAUCCCACUUCUAGGCACCCCCAGUUACUUAACCCGUGAUGGAAUUAUCAGGUAUUACCCAGAGUUCCACAAGAAAUACGGCACAAUGUUCACCCUGUGGCAAAUGACGGACCCAGUUGUGGUUCUGUGUGGUUACGACACGGUGAAGGACGCUCUGAUCAACCACGCGGAGCAGUUCAGUGAUCGCCCGGUGUAUCCGGUGGUUGAAAAAUACACCAAAGGAUUCACAUUUAUGACUGCCAAUGAUCACUGGCGGGAGUUCCGGAGAUACAUCCUGACAACUCUGAGGAACAUCGGGAUGGGGAAACAGACCUUGGAGGAGAAAUGUCUGAAGGAGGCCGAGCAGCUGGUAGAGGCUAUGGCUGAGAAGGGAGGAAAACCCUUUAACCCAUCCCACCUGCUGGGCUGUGCCGUGUCCAACAUCAUCGGGGCUGUUCUCUUUGGGCAGCAGUUGGACUACAGAGACAAGAAACUCCUGGACCUCAUGACAAACACCAGGAAACAUGUCAGCAAUAUCAUGUCCAUGAAGCAUCAGAUCUGCAACAUGUUCCCACUGCUGUUAAAGUUGCCCUACCUGAACCAGAUCCUGGUCAAAAACAGCCUGUACCUGGUGGCCCAUGUGAGGGAGCAGUUGGACUUCCACAAGCAGACUCUGGACACCAGCACCCCCAGGGACUUCAUUGACCAUUUUCUACUCAAGAUAAAAGAGGAGUUUGGGAAAGCAGAUUCCAAGUUCCAUGAGUUGAGUCUGACGACGUAUAUCUCCGGUCUGCUCGUAGCCGGGAUCGACACCACCACUUCCACCCUCAAGUUCUGUGUCACCCUCAUCGCACACUUGCCCCACAUUCAGGCAAAAGUACAAAAAGAGAUCGAUGAUGUAACGGGGUCCCAGCGCCCCCCAGGAAUAAGUGACCGACCCCGGAUGCCUUACACCAAUGCCGUGAUUCAUGAACUGCAGAGGCACUUGGAUCUGGCCCCAGCAGCGUUAUUUCAUGCGCUAACGGAAGAUACCAAGUUCCAUGGCUACACCUUCCCCAAGGGCACCCGGAUCAUCCCGUACCUCUCCUCAGUGCUCUUCGACCCGACCCAGUGGGAGACCCCACAUGAAUUCAACCCGGGGCAUUUUCUUGAUGAGAAGGGACAGUUUCGGGCAAAGCCGGCUUUCAUGGCAUUUUCUGCAGGGAAGCGCGAGUGCCUGGGGGUGAAUUUGGCUCGGAUGGAGAUUUUCCUCUUCUUCUCGGCUCUGCUCCAGAAAUUCUCCUUCUCUUCAGUCUCUGGGGCCCAAAUGGACAUGAAAUCUCUCAGGUUAAAUAAGGAUGAGAUGAUCAAAUCCUAUGAGAUCCGCGCUGUCCCUCGCUCCUCCCAACCCACCUGAUUGGAUGAUCAUUUGUUAUGCUCAACCCUAAUUGGUACUUGAUGCCCCUAUGGUCCAUGUAUUUCUCUCCUAUAUAAACACUGACCCAGCUCUGUGCACAAAACAUUUUGGAUUUCACAAGGAUCAGCCCAGAGGCCAAUUCCCAUGUAACAAAUCAACAGAACGAGUUUCCUACAUGUUAUAUUCUACACGCUACAUGUCAUAUUACAUGUCAUAGUGUCAUAAUGUCUAUAGUGAGAAAAUUGAAAAGAUUUUCUUAAUUUCA